AUGGCGCUUAUUGCGAAGCUGCGUGACGUGGAGCAGCAGAUCUUACGAACGACGCAAGUUGUCGAGCUGCAUACCAAGCUCGCCCAAGGCUUGCUUAAGUGUGAGCAGGAUGACGUGACUCCGACUUCUGAAGUUUUGGCUUUGGUGGAGAGUGUGGAGCGCGCUCAAACAGACUUGGCUGUGGUAACGCAACACCUUGUGCAGAUCAUCAAGCGUCGUCUCAAUGCACUUGGCCCAGCACCAGACCAGCGCAGCCUGGACGGUGAUGAAACAGAGACGGAAGAUGAACUGGAAGAAGUUGAGCUCGAUCCACAGGACGAUGAGCCGAUCGAAGAGUGGGGGAAUGGUGAUAAUGGAUUGACUGAUACCACAUUAGAGAAUACUGGGCUGGAACAAUCUGGUGCAGAGCACGCGGAGACCACGGAUGCUGCCAGAUCAAGCCCGGCUUGCGUACUCGAACGUUACCUCGCAGCUGCGAGUGCAGUGAAGGAAUCGGUCACGGCGUCGGGAAAAGAAUUUUCAUUGACAAGCGGCGCUCUCGAAAAUAUGAACGACCCUAUUGUGAAAAACUGGGCCGAGGCUGUGAAGCAGAACUUUAAGCAGGCGACAUUUUUCUUUAUCACGCGUCUGUCGAAUCAAAGUGUCACCCACGAGCUGGCAGCAGCUUUUUGUGAUGCAUCGGGGCUGGCAGUGCCAAUUAUCGCUUCGUGUAAGGCGAAGUUUAGCGUGGCCUGGAUCUUGCCUGCCAUUGAAUAUUAUGACACAAUCUAUCGGCUUGCAGGAGCGACAUCAUUUGUCCAAACGCUACUGCCAACGCUUGAAUGUCGGAAUAUCUUGGUGAGAUCUCUCGAUGAGCGCGUUUCGAAGUUUUUGGAGGAAACAGCUUCAAACGUGGCGAGUUUGACGCAAAAAAUCAAAAAACGAAAACAACGAGUAUACUGGCUGUCCCAGUAUGGCGAAAAGCUUCGCAAUAUAUGUCAGUAUUGCGCCAUAAGGCAUGAUGUAGGCGAUAUGAUACCGUGGACAGCAGAGCAGUGGGGAAUCGUUGGAGAUAUUGGGCAGCAUCUGUCGAAUCUCACGAAAAAUGCGUUCAAAACACAAAAGAUGCCAGGAUGGAUAGACAAACUCCGCAUAGCAUUGGAAAAACUGGAAGUGACGUAUCCCGGGAGGUGUCCGAAGCCUCUUUAUGAUGCUGGAGAUACGAGUACGAUCGUUGCGGAGACGGAUGGUCAAGUAUUUGACUCAACACCGAGCACACGUAACCUUAACGAGUGUGACAGCGAAAUGAAAUCACCUGGAUUAACCGUGGCUCCUGAUAACACUCACGUUGAUGCCGUCGGUGCCAAAAGAUCGCGGGAAGACGCAAAAGCUGAGCUCCCUGAGGCUAAGCGCAUCGCUAUAAGCACCGAAGUCACAAAUCUGCACGACGUCAGUGGCGCUAAACUCAUCUUUGCCGAGGUGAAGGAGUGUCUGGAUAUGGCAACCCAACUGAAGAACGGCCUCGAGCCGGGCCAGCUCGUGGUCCCGUUCUCCCGAGCUGGAAAAGACAUUCGGGGCUUGCUUCACAGGGUGACAAAGCUUAGCCAGCACUUCAGAUACAUUAUUAGACGAGAUGCUGAAGCUGAGGUUGCCUUUGCUGAAACUAUAGCACUACAAGUGCAGUUGAUUUGUCGCUGUCCGUGUGGGUUUUUUUGUCACGCUCAACUGAAAGGGCUACUGAAGCCGCUCUUUUCGAUCGUCAAAGCCGCGAUGAAAAGCCCCAAUUCUGGUACUAUCGCAGCGAGCUACGAGCGACUUCAAGCUUACUGGAACGAGUUCCAUGCCGACCAAUUCCAGGCCAUGCGCAACCACAUCGAGGUGACAGAGAGAGAAGGCAAGCAUUUAGAUCCUGCCCAGCUACGUACUCCAUUGCGGCAGUUGUUCGUCCAGUUCGUCGAUACUUGCGCUGUCUGCUUGCAAGAACUAAUGCACAAAACCGCGCCCAAGCGAAUCGAGGAGCUCUGGUCUAAGUUGCUAGAGAUCGCAACAGUGCUGAAUACCUGGCUUGAGCGCGUCAUGGGAGGGGGGCAAUUGUUACACAAUUCACGAAAGGUUUUAGCAACACUCCUUCGGAUGAACGCAAAGUUGCCGGGUAGCGUCCCGUCAGUGCUGGUGGAGUGA